AUGACGUCCGCGUCCUCCACUCUUGGUGUCCUGCGCCGCAGCGCCCGCCGUAGCGCCGGCUGCGUCGGUUAUGCCAAACCGGGCGACACGUCGUCGGCGACCGCGAUGCGAACGCGCGUGGUUUGUAUCUAUAUUAUUGCAAUCGCGCUCCGCGAGCCGCCCGCCGCUCCCGUUCGGCCCGUUUGUUACGCCGUCGCGCGCCGCGCUGUAUUGGCAGCGGCGCCGGCGCGCGAGGCGGGAUGGGCGGGUGUCGGCGGCGGGAGGUGCGGCAGGCGCGUCGCGGCCGAUCGCCGGCCGACGGCCGGCGACGGCGAACCUUUCCAUUCUCAAGACGGCGCCUUCCCGCACGGAGGCGCGUCAGUGCGGCAGUUCCUCGAGUACCAAGCGGCGGCGACGCCGAGCCGCGUUCGCGUCGUCGAGAUGACGGUGACCAAGAAAGACUCCGCCAAGGGCGGCAAGGGGAAAGGAGCGAAAGCAGCGAAAGACACGGCGGUGGCUUCGACGUCGAAGGCGACGACCGCGACCACGGAAUCCGCGAAGAGGCAAUCGACGGCGACCGUCACCAAGUCGUCGUCCACGUCCAGCGUCAGCAGCAGCAAGUCCAGCAGACAACAGGUGGUGUCCGAGGCGGCCUCCGCGCAGGCGAUCGAAGGCGCCAGCAACGGCGCACUGCACGUGAUCGAAGAUUGGUCGUCGGCCGAACACGCGGCCGACGGCGCCACCAGUGUUCGCCGGACGUCGUCGGGCGCGGUGGCUAACGGCGCGGCCGUCGUCCUGCCGGCCGACGGCGCCGUCAGUACCACCGUCGUCGAGUCCGUCAGCCAGGCCUCCACCUCCAAAAAGUCCAGCAGCAAGAAAGAGUCCUUCUCCUCCAGCACGGUCGUGACCGGCGGGACGGAAGUGCUCACGUUCACGGGGCGAACCACAGAUGUGACCGGCAAAAGCAGAAAACAGCUCGCGCAAGAAUUCCUGCUGAACGAGGCAUCUAACGGCGCCAGGUCCCAGUCGACGUCGACCGUGACAGUUGCGGAAGGUAAGAAUCAAACAGGUGGCGUGACAACAACCGGUGUGAAAGGUGAAAAAGUUCUUCGCGGCGGGAAAUUAGUUUAUGUGUCGCCCUCGCCUUCGAAGGCAACCGCCAGCAACAAAAAACAAAAGGGAGUACCUGGUCCCACCGACACAGUCACGGUUUUUGAAGAAAUAGAUAUCGGUCCAGACGGAGAUAUAUCAACGUCUGUCGUGAUUGAUAAUAUUCUCCAGGGGGGAGACGUAGUUGAAGUGUCGUCCUCAUCGCAUCUUGCCAGCAGCAGCUCUCAACAACAGGCAACUACAAGCGUGUCGGAGACAGUGACAAUCAUAGAAGGAAAAGACUCUGUGCAAUCUGUCGGAACCACUUCGCAAAUUGUGCAGAAUGAAAAGGUGCUUCGCGGUGGGAAAUUAGUUCAUGUGUCUCCAGGAACAGAUGGCAGCACAAAGAAGCAAUCGGUGUCAGACACGACAGAGACUGUAACCGUCGUAGAGGAACAAUCGUCGGUGUCCGAAUCAGCGAGUACUCAGAAAAGGGAGUCUGUGUCCGGAAUAUCUGAAACAAUCAUAACCUACGUGGACGGAAAGGAAGUUGGGCGGACAACUGGAGGAACCACAACCGUUGCACAGGCAGACAAAGUUCUCCGAGGAGGGAAAUUAGUGGAAGUGUCGUCCUCGUCUUCAGACGUAGCACGAAGCAGAAAGAACGAGUCAAUAACCGGAGGAACAGAAACAAUCAUAACCUACGUGGACGGGAAGGAAGCGGGUCGAACAACUGGUGAUUCUACAUCCGUUGUUUCAGGCAAUGAAAAGGUCCUACGCGGGGGGAAAUUAGUUGACGUUACAUCAACAUCUACUUCUCAAACUGCGAGUUCCAGCAAGAAGCAUUCAACAUCUGGAACAACGGAAACAAUUAUAACGUUCGUAGAUGGAAAAGAAGUCGGCCGAACAUCCGGUGGAUCUACCACUGUCGCUCAAAGUGAGAAGGUCCUUCGAGGAGGAAAGUUAGUGGAAGUGUCAGGGUCAUCUAACGAAGUCACCGGUAAGAAGAAGAAAGAAUCAGUUUCCGGAUCAUCAGAAACUGUGAUAACAUACGUAGACGGCAAAGAAGUCGGCCGAACCUCCGGUGGAUCGACAACAGUUUCUAAAAAAGACGAAGUUCUCCAGGGAGGGAAAUUUGUUGAAGUAUCAUCCUCAGAAAUCACAACCAGCGACAGGAAAGAUGCUGCAUUGGGAGUAAGGGAAACAGUGGUGACAACUACUGACGGAAAAGAUUCUGGCCGGCCGGCUAAAUCACCGUCAACUACUAGCCCCGGUGAGAAAGUGCUUCGAGGAGGAAAGUUGGUUACCGUGUCCCCUUCUUCACAACCUACGAAGGGUAAGAAAAAACCUCAGCAGACAACACCCACCAGCACUACAGAAACUGUAAUCAUCGACCAAGGGAAGGCGCCGGACGGAAGUCAACCAACCACGAUGACAACUGUCGUACCUGGCGGGAAAGUGCUGCGAGGAGGAAAACUGGUGAGCGUCUCAUCGACAUCCCAGAUCUCCAGUUCCAGCAAGAAGGAGGCUGUUUCCAGCUCUACCGAAACAGUUACAGUCGUCCGCUCUUCCUCCAGCACCAUAGUGGACGAGGGGGUGAAGAAGAGUAGCAAAACAAUCCGACAGGUGGGCGGUGUGUCAGAAGUUGUUACAGGUGAUUUACAAACCAUUACGCACGGUGACGCCGUUUCUAACAUCGUCAGAAAAGAGUCGACGUCACAUGAAGAGCACGUUUCGCGCAGCAAGAGCGAAUCUGUCAGUCACGUCCAGGAGGUGUCUGAAAGUCAUCAGUUGAGCCAGCACAAGCAGACGGCUCGCGGACAGCACUCCACGGAUUCCAGGAACUUUUACGGCGAAGAGCCGAUUACUUACAUCGUAGAGGAACCAGGCAGCUCUCCCGAAAUUGUACGGCCGCGCGGGACAAGCGUUCAAGAGCACGUAUCCACUUCGGUGCAAGAACAUGUUUCAAAAAGCCACCAACAACAUGUGUCUAGCAGCACGCAAGUGAUUGAGAACGUCAGCCACCAGGAAUUUGUCACCAAUCAACAGCUGACCGACAACACCGACUCCGUGACCCGAUCGAUCACCCACGCGGACAGGAAGCAACCUACCGCCGUGACUCGCCAAGGCGUCGAACUCGCGACAUCAGAGACUCGACAGGCGACGAGCAGCAGCCAGGUGGUGAACGAGAAGGUCGUCAGCCAGCAGGAGAUGGUCGUCAACGAGAAAACGUCGUCCGUCACCACCCGCGACGACAAAAAGACGAAGGCCACAACGAAGGAGCCGAAGAAAGCGGAGCCGAAGCAGCCGGCGCCCUGCAAGGAGCAGUGCGUCUGCGAGAUAUGCACGUGCGGUUCGAGUGAAACCAUGAAUAUAUUUUCAAAACAACUGAAUGAAGCAUAUCAACCUCAAUUUGCCAAAGGCUUCCAAGUUCUGAAAUAUCAGAAUGUAAAAUUUAAGACUCACAAAAAAUCCUCUAAUGGAACAAGAAUAAACAAUACGAAAAAGUAUGCGGUGUUUCACGAGGCGUAUGCAGGGAUCCGGAGGUGGCCGUGGCGAGGGCGAGCGUCAGAAAGGGCGAAGGGCGUGGGCGUGGGCGUGGGUGGGGUAAGUUUCUCCCUGAUUUUGAAUAGUGAAUUCCUUGAAGAAAUUCGAAUUAUCUGCUGCAGAAAAAGGAAUACUCCACUUCGGACCUGCGCUUUGCAACCCUCCUCCUCUUUCUCGGAUGCAAGGCCGAUCUCCAAAUGGUGCGGUGCGGUGCACUCCGCCCUCUCAAAAGCGUUCCAGGAAAACGACCACGCGGAUACAAUGGGGAUUAAACUCCACGAGCCCCUGACGCCCAAUUGUGCAUUAUUAAAGGCCGAAGUGAAGAGGCGGCGUGCUUGUCUGAGAGCAGUUAUAUAUUUAAAUCAUAAAUACUAUGAAAGCAAAGAAAAGAAGUAA